AAAUAUAAUUUAAAUUCGUAGUAUAAAAUUAUUUCGAAAUGAACAAAUUAAAAUCAUCUCAAAAAGAUAAAGUGAAAAAAUUUAUGACGUUUACACAAGCAUCUGAAAACGUUGCCAUUUUUUGUUUAGCAAAAAAUGACUGGAAAUUGGAACAAGCAUCAGAUAACUUUUUUCAAAAUCCACUUGAAUAUGAUACAGUUAAGAUCAACACACAAUUAGGUUAUUCAGUAGAUAAACGAAAGUUAGAAACUAUGUAUACUAGAUAUCGAGAUCCAGCAGAACCAAAUAAAAUUAAUGUUGAAGGUGUUAUGCGUUUAUUAGAUGAACUCAAAUUACCUCCUGACUCUAUAUUAGUGCUCAUUAUUGCUUGGAAGUGUCAAGCAGCAGCUCAAUGUGAAUUCACAAAACAAGAGUUUUUCAAUGGAAUGUCUAGAAUGGGGUCUGAUUCAAUAGAGAAAUUAAAAAUAAGAUUACCAAUUUUAGAAAGAGAACUUUCAGAUCCAUCAAAAUUUAAAGAUUUUUACUAUUUUACAUUCAAUUACGCUAAGAAUAUAGGACAAAAAGGGCUUGACCUUGAUAUGGCUAUUACUUACUGGAACAUAAUUUUUGUUGGCCGAUUCAGGUUCCUUGAACUGUGGUGUCAGUUCUUAAGAGAACACCACAAUAAAUCAAUUCCUAGAGAUACGUGGAAUUUGUUGUUAGAAUUUGCUUGUGUCAUUGAUGAUGAAAUGACAGAUUAUGACCAAGAGGGAGCUUGGCCAGUUUUAAUUGAUGAGUUUGUGGAAUGGGCUAGGCCUUUAGUGUGCAGAAGUAAAUCAACUCAUAUAUGCUAGACCCGAUGGCUGAUUACUGUUAAAAUGAAUGAAAAAUAAUCAGACACAUAUGUUUAUAAAUUAUAAUAUAAAAAAAUGUUGAUCCUCUGUUUUAAAUUUGUUUGAGGGAGAAUAAUGUAUGACUGCUCUACUAAAAUAUGUACCUUGGGAAUAUUUAUAAAACAAAUAUGUUAUUUAAUUUUUAUAGCCUACAUUAUAUUAACAUUGUAUUUUUCA